CGUCGAGCACGGAACGCGAAUAACGGUACACAGGCUGGAAAAACUCAGCGGCAAGUGCAAAGCAACGGGAUCGAGAGAUCGGGGCAGAGGCGGAGGUGUAACAAUUUGCACGUACUGCGUGUGUCGGUUGGAAAAACAAUUCAAUAUUUUGGAGAUUUCCAAAUAAACAAAGACAAAGAGAGAGCAAGAGGCAGAGAGAGAGAGAGACGAGGCACGCCACUUGGCCGGCGCAAAGAAGCUGCUGAUCUGUUGUGCCGCUGACGACAAGCAGAUCAAAAGAUUAAUUGGAGAAUUGAAUGAGGCAUGAGCUAAAUGAGUUGUCGAACAGAUGAUGUUAACGCUGUGGCCAGAUUGCUUACGGUCAACCAAUUAGUUUAUUUUGUAGGCCACAAAAGUGUAAACACAUCAACAGCAUGGAGAGUGUGCGCUUCUCCAUCAUCGAAAACGACCUGAAAUGGCAAUCGGAGAGCGAGACGGCCGAGAUGCAGAUGCUGUUUGAUAAGCGCAGCAUUUCCAGCGAGGCCAACAGCGAUGCCGUCUUCAGCAACGAGGCCCAUGAGAUUUUCACACGCCAGCAGCAGAGCCAGGUGCUGUGGCAGGCGCAGGAGAUCGAGGAGACGCUGUGCACGGUACCAAAUGGCCGGCAAAUCUUGGACAUGGUCAAAUCAGCCUGCUUUCUAGAGCUAAUGAUCGAGCCAAGCGACUGCAACCUGGCGCUCAUUUGCUGCUCUCUCUAUGGCUCCGUCGAGAACAUUAUAUAUCUGCUCAGCCAUUACGAUGCCGAUCCAAAUACCUCCGACAGCCAUGGACGCACUCCGCUGCACUUUGCCUGCUGUCGUGCCAAUGCGCCCAUAGCCAAAGUAUUGCUCGAUCGCGGCUCCGAUCCGAACCGCUGGGAGAACAAAAAGGAGGUGACACCGCUGCACUGCGCUGCCAGUUCGAAAAGCGUUGAGUGUCUGCUGCUAUUGCUCAGGCGCAAGGCGAAUAUCAAUAUUGGCAUCAACAGGCGCUCGGCCUUGCACUAUGCCAUUGACGGCAAUGCAGUCGAUUGUGUGGAGAUCCUAUUGAAAUAUGGCGCCGAUCCGAAUACGCCGCAGGUGUACACAGAGACGCCGCUGCAUACGGCCUGCGCCUCCGGGUUUACCAAGUGCGUGCAGCUGCUGCUGAAUCACAAUGCCGAUGUGCGCUCCCAAUUCGGUGAAGGCAAAGUGACGGCAUUACAUUUGGCGGCCGAGAACGACUAUGCGGAAUGUGUGCGUCUGCUACUGGAGCAUCGGGCCGAUGUCAACUGUCGCAAUGCCAGCCAACAGACGCCGCUGCAUCUGGCCUGCCUCUCCCAGUCGAUAAGCAGCGUCGAGAUUCUGCUGAAAUAUGGCGCAAAUGUGAAUGCCGUUUACCGGGACGGACGCACAGCUCUGCAUGCGGCCAUAGUCAAGCAGUCGCGUUGCCUGGACUGCUGCAAUGCGCUGCUUAAGGCCGGCGCCGAUGUCAACAAGGCGGACGACUAUGGCUAUACGCCGCUCCACUUGGCCGCACUGAACGAAUUUAGCAGCUGUGUCUACAUCUUCAUAGAGCAUGGCGCAGAUCUAACGGCACGCACGGGCGGACAUACAUCGGCGCUGACGUUCAUUGUGCGCCGUUGCCCGGAGAUUAUACCAAAGCUGAUGCACAAGCUGGACAACUCGAUCAAGGCGAAUGAUCAUGAGAUAGGCGACGUCGACUGCCAAAUUAAGUUGGACUUUCACCUGCUGGUGCCCAGCUCAUCGACCGAGAAGGGCGAGGCCGAGCUGAUGUUGAGCCUCAUCGAAGUGGGACAGAAGCGCAUACUUAUGCAUCCGCUGUGCGAGACAUUUCUCUUCCUCAAGUGGCGUCGCAUACGAAAAUUCUUUCUGAUGAGCCUCGCCUAUCACACCUGUUUCGUGAUGCUCUUCACCCUCUACGUGAUCGGCGUCUAUGUGCGCAGCUGCAAGGAGGGCGAGACGUGCCAGGCACCUGGCUAUGUAUCCACCAUUGGCUACUUUGUGAUUGUCCUGAAUGUCAUGCUGCUCGGCAAGGAGGUCUUUCAGAUGGCGCACGGCCUACAUGGCUAUGCCAAGUACUGGGAAAACUGGCUACAAUGGACCAUUGUCUUUGGCGUACUCUUAUGUGUGACACCGGAAAUUUUGUGGACUGGCGAUCUAUUGGCGGUGCCCAUGUGGCAGCAUCAUGUGGCUGCUGUGGUCAUUCUAUUGGUCUGGCUGGAGUUGAUGAUGCUGGUCGGUAGAUUUCCCAUAUUUGGCGUCUAUGUGCAAAUGUUUACCAAGGUCGCUGUUAAUUUUGGCAAAUUCUUGAUGGCCUACAUCUGUUUGCUGAUUGCGUUUGGCUUGAGUUUCGCUGUGCUUUUCAACGACUAUCCGGCAUUUGAGAACAUAACAUGGUCGUUCCUGAAGUCGUUCACCAUGAUGUCCGGGGAGCUGGAGUUUGAGGAUAUCUUUUAUGGCGAUUAUGCGGUCAAAUUUCCAGUCACUUCUCACAUCAUUUUCCUGGCCUUUGUGCUGUUGGUAACAGUGAUACUGACCAACCUGAUGCUGGGCCUGGCCGUUAGCGACAUACAGGGUCUACAAGUGUCGGCCACGCUGGAUCGAUUGGUGCGUCAGGCGGAGUUGAUAUCGCGCCUGGAGAGCUUGUUCUUCUCCAGGCUACUACGCAAUGCACCACUCGUGGAGUACUGCAGGCGCAAAGCUCUGCUGCGCACAUCGCGCGAUCGACUGCAGUUUACGGUGCGUCCCAACGAUCCGCGCGACCGCUCCCAGCUGCCGGAGGACAUCAAGCUAAACGUAUACAAGCUGGUGGCAGAGCGGCGUGAUCGCAACAUGAGCACGCGCCGGCGACAGUUCGAGAAGAACUAUCACAUGUUCAGUCACAGUCUGCGCCAGCGACAGCAGAAUGUCAAUUGUGGAGAGUCAAAGGCCUCUCCACAGCGACAGCAGCUGGAGUCUCCGUAUGCAGCACAGACGCAAUAUUUCCAGAUGAACGAACUGCUGCGUCCGCGCUCAGCCACAAAUGUGCCCCAGCAGCUACGCAAGGAGCACGAACUAAAGGCUCAACAGGCCGACGACUGGCGAGUGGAGCUGCAAGUGCUCAAGGAUCAGUUGACUCAGCUCACAGCCAAGUUUGAAAAGUUCUCAGAGAAUGCGCUGCGCAAGCUAAACUACAGCGCCAACGAGCUAUGCCGCAUGAGGCAGCAGCAGCAGGCGACAACUGAGACGCUGCGUCAUCAUCAUCGUUGA